AUGAAAGUUGAUGAAAUUGAUAAAGGUAACGAUAGCAAAGAUAAAAAAGAUGAUAAGGUUAAUAAAAUCGAUAAAGUUGAAAUUGAUGGUGAUGUUUAUGGGGACGAUUAUAGUGAUCAUGAAAAAGAAUAUGGUGAUAUUGAUGAAGCUGUUGGAGGUAAAGAUGAUCAAAAUGAUGAUAUUUAUGAUGAAAAUCCUAGUGAUCAUGAGGAAUAUAGCGAUUAUGAGAAAGAAUAUAAUGACUAUGAUAAAAAAUGUAGUGAUUAUAAUGAAAAUCAUAGGGAUUAUGAGGAAAAAUAUGAUCAUGAGGAAAAAUACAAUGAUGAUGUUAAUGAAGUUCAUAAUGAUCAUGAGGAAGGAUACAAUGAUGAUAUUAAUGCAGUUCAUAAUGAUCAUGAGGAAGAAAACAAUGAUGAUGUUAAUGAAGUUCAUAAUGAUCAUGAGGAAGAAAACAAUGAUGAUGUUAGUGAAGUUCAUAAUGAUCAUGAGGAAGAAUUUCGAUAUGAUAGUCUUGUUCUUGGUUUUUUGAAUCGUUAUGUUGACUACGUUUCUGAAAUUGACAUUAAAAAUAAAUUUAUGGAAGCUGACAGAAUCAUAAAAACAUCGGCAACCGUUACAACCAUUACGUCACAACAUGAAGAUUUAAUGUAUACUAGAAACAUAAAUACAGAUGAUGUAAUGGAUGCCAUUAAUAACUA